AUGGGGUCGCCGUCGGUUGGAAUGGAAGAGGAUAACGGCGCCGGUCACGCAUUGAGCGACUUUCUUUUGCAGUUGGAAAACUACAAUCCCUCCAUACCAGACUCUGUUGUUGCAUAUUACCUGAAUGCUUCUGGCUUUGAGUCUCAGGAUCCCAGGUUAAUACGUCUUAUUGCACUGGCUUCACAAAAAUUUCUAUCCGACAUUGCAAAUGAUGCUCUUCAACAUUGCAAGAUGCGAACCUCCAGCCAGAUGACACAGUCAUCAAAGAACCAAAAGGGGCCCAAGGAGAAGAAGUAUGUUAUGACCAUGGAAGAUCUUGUGCCGGCGCUUCAGGAGUAUGGCAUCACCGCGAAGAAGCCGCAUUACUUUGUUUAA